CAAUUAGGAUUGAGAUUGGAUUGCAAUUUAACGAAUCAGAGGGAAAUUCACCAAAUUUAAGUUAAACUCACUCCGAUUGGUGAAAUCUCAAUCUGAAUCCUAAUCCGUAGUGCGACAAGGGCCUCUUGAAAUUGGUCGAGCGAGGGCGCAGACGUGGUGGGCACUUUCGCGGUGGCUGUCAUUCGGCGCAUCCGCCGUUAGUUCGCUGCGCCCGAGGUAGAUCGCAAUCAGCAGCGGAUGCGGGAAAUGGAGCGAGAUGGUAGCACGUUAGAAUGCGCGUCCUGUUCCGAUGUCAGCGGACAUAAGUGAGAGCGGUUCAUCGACGCGACACUCGGCAGCCCCGCACAUCGUCGUUUCGUCGCGGCCUCGGUAGUCCGUCGGUCACACGCUGCACCCGAUUGCGCGAUCGAUACUCCCUCCUCGCUCGCUCCGGAUCGUCCGUAAUGUCGGGUGACCACAAGACGGUGAUCAAGUAUCCCUCGGAGUACGUGAAACUGAACAUCGGUGGCUCGCUUCACUACACCACCAUAGGCACCCUGCAAAAACAUGACACGAUGCUGCGCGCGAUGUUCAGCGGGCGCAUGGAAGUGCUCACCGAUUCCGAAGGUUGGAUACUGAUCGAUCGCUGCGGCAAGCACUUCGGGACGAUUCUGAAUUUCCUGCGUGACGGCUCGGUCCCUCUUCCGGACAGCUCGAAGGAAAUGGCGGAGCUGCUCGCCGAGGCCAAGUACUAUUGCAUCAGCGAGCUGGCCGAGUCCUGCGAGCAGGCGCUUCAACGGAAGGAGCGCGAAGCGGAGCCCAUCUGCAGGGUUCCCCUCAUCACCUCUCAGAAGGAGGAGCAGUUGCUCAUAAGCAACACCACCAAGCCUGUGGUCAAGCUACUCAUUAACAGGCACAACAAUAAAUAUUCCUAUACAAGCACAUCGGACGAUAAUCUGCUGAAGAACAUCGAGCUGUUCGACAAGAUGUCGCUUAGAUUCAGCGGUAGGGUGUUAUUCAUCAAGGACGUGAUCGGCUCCAGCGAGAUCUGCUGUUGGACAUUCUACGGACACGGCCGUAAGGUGGCCGAAGUUUGCUGUCACUCGAUCGUAUACACAACCGAUAAGAAGCAUACAAAGGUUGAAUUCCCGGAGGCUCGGAUAUACGAGGAAACGUUGAACAUUUUGCUGUACGAGCACCGGAACGGCCCGGAUCAGGAGCUGAUGCAGGCGACGUCGUCGCGCGGCGCGGUCGGCAGCGCCCUGCCGUGUACAUCCGACGAGGAAGAGGGCGAGCGUUCAGGCCUGGCUCGCCUCCGCUCCAACAAACAGAAUACCAACUGACACACUCUUGUCAGUGGCAAUCCGUCGCAUCCCGCGAUCCUUAGCGUCGUUCGCUCUUUUAAGAUACGAGUCCAUAUAAAGUAAGACGAAACUCCAGAGACUGGGUGUAACAACGCUCCAGCAGCCUCGGCUGAAUCUUCUUUCCCCUUUACCCCGUACGGCUAUCUCUUACAUCACACACACACCAUACAAUUCAUACACCCUGUUCCAGUAAUUUAACAUGUAACGCAAGACGGAAUGACAAAUUCGUGUGUCUUUGAAUUUCCUUUCCGCCACUGUUUCUUCCUAUAACGAGUGUGUUUGUGUAAACGUGCAAAUAUAAGAAUGGCAUCUUGAUAUCAUUCUCGUGAAUCAUGAAGAGAAUGUAAGUGCGUCACGCGCUCGCUGUUCAUGUGCCAAAUCGUUAUUAGAUCCAAAAAAAAAGGAAAAAAAACGAGAAUAAGCCAAUACACACAUAUAUAUAUAUGUUGCCAUUCUGCGUGACUGAUGAUAAAAUUAUUUAUACUCUAUAACAACUUUUAAGCAGUCAUUUAGAUUAAUCAAAUUGUUAUGAAAAGGUUUUUGUGCAAAACUAGGACUGUGUUGUUACCUGUUGUAAGUAUUAUUAUAUUGUAAGUAUUAUUAUUUUAUUAUUUUAAUAUUCUCAUUUCUCAUUGUCAUCAUCGUUG